GUGGAAGUGCUGUAUUUCGCAAAGAGUGCCGAAAUAACGGGGAUCCGGUCGGAGACCAUUUCCGUGCCGCAGGAAAUCCGGGCGCUGCAGCUGUGGGACGCGAUAGAAGCUCGGCACCCGGGGUUGGCCGAUGUCCGCAACCAGGUGAUCCUGGCCGUGCGUCAAGAGUAUGUCGAGCUGGGGGAUCAGCUCCUCCUGCUUCGGUCAGGAGACGAAGUUGCCGUCAUCCCCCCCAUCAGUGGAGGGUAGCGCUCCGGAGCCCCCCGAGAAGGACACGAACGAAGCUGAAGAGAAGCCGAGAGAUAUCGUGAAAUUCACCACGGAGAAGCUUUCCGUCGACGAAGCCUCGCAGUUGGUGACCUCUCCGUGCUGCGGCGCCGUAUCCCUGUUUGUGGGGACCACAAGAAACAACUUCGAAGGUCGAAAAGUCAUCAGCCUGGAGUACGAAGCCUACAUCCCGAUGGCCGAGAACGAAGUCCGCAGGAUCUGCAGGGACCUCAGGCAGAGGUGGCCGGUCCGCCACGUGGCCGUGCUCCACAGACUCGGCCUGGUGCCCGUGUCGGAAGCCAGCGUGGUCAUCGCUGUGUCGUCGGCCCAUAGGGCCGCAUCCCUCGAGGCCGUGAGCUACGCCAUCAACGCCUUGAAAGCCAAGGUGCCCAUAUGGAAGAAGGAAAUGUAUGAAGAAUCGUCGUCGUCCUGGAAGAGGAACAAGGAAUGCUUCUGGGCCACCACCGAGUGACUCGCUUCUGCGGCCAGCGUGCUGACGCAUACAGUCGUCCCUGACCGUGUUUUCAGUUUCUCCUGCAGAUGCCAGGCGGGUCUGGGAUGAGGUCCUACACUGGAACGCGAGACAGGACAGGCUUCGGGCGGGGGGGCCGCGGGGGGACAUGGACGAAUAACUUCAAUGUGAGGGAAGGCGUCCGUGGCAGACGGAUCGUCCCGUGACCAAGGUCUCCUUGUCACGGGACUCACGGCCCUGUGGCCCCUCCCCGCUGAGCUUGUCUCAGCAACGCCCCCCACCCCCGCCCCGCCCCGUGAUGUCGUGGUUCCCGGGAGUGUCACGGGGGUGGUGGCAGGGCUGGAGGGUGUGCAGAGUCACUGCCGGAGAGUCUCGAUGUGUUUUUAGAAUUUCUAUAUUUAAAAAAUAAACCAAAUAAACAUGUGAUUGAAAAUGUU